GCACAUGAGCUGCUACUGUGACUACUUCGAGAAACUGCUACUUAAAAAUACUUGUGAACAGUCACUGCCACGCAAGUGCAUCUUCAAUCACUAAGAACAGCUGUCUCUAAGAUUGUUAGCUUUUUGUUUUGUUUAUUAACUGCCGUUAAUAAACAUUAAUGUAUAACACAUUGUCUUUUACUUCCUUGUAAACCCAUUAACUAAGAAAUGAAUGCGAAAACGCAGCGAAUCCAAGGCGAAUCUCUGGACAAAAGAAAACUCAGCUCGAACAGUUUAAAUGUGAUUACAGAAAAUAAUACGUUAAAUAUCUCUGCUAUAAUGAGCCAAAAUAUAGAAGUGUUCAUCAAGACGAACUUUAACAUGAAAAAUGGGGACACAGAAGACUAUAUAUUACCCGAGCAAUCGGAGCCAGAUAUUAAACUCGAACCGUGCGUGAUAAAAACAGAUUAUCCAACUCAGGAUAGCAUUGAUAUUGGUCCAGUUAAAAUAGAACCGCAAGAGAACGAUGGCGAGACAAUGAUGAAAAUGCAUGCUGAAGAGUCCUCUUGGAGCAAAUAUUUCUCGGAAUUUGCCACCAAUCUUCCUGAGGAGCACGCCAAACGAAUUUUUUUGAUAGAAUUUUUUCAGGCCUAUCGCGCCUUGCCCGGCUUGUGGGAUAUUAACUCAGAAGAUUUCCAAAAGAAGUUCAAUACGCAAAACUGCUGACCAAAUAUCUGGAAUACUAUCCUGAUGCCGACAGGAAAGAAAUGCAAAAGAAAAUCAAUGGAUAUAGGUCAUACUACAAUCUCGAGCUGCGUAAGAUUGAUUAUUUGAACAAUGCCAACUUUGGCUCGAACAAAAAGUACGUUUCGAAUCUGUGGUACUUUGAUAUAUUUAACAGCAUGUGCGGCAACAAGGAAUCUGUGGACCCAAUUAAUAAGAUUAUUCCCUCAGCUAGCAGGAAGGCAUUAGUUACUGAAAAGAGAAGGCUAAUGGCAAAGCGGCAAAGGGAGGCUUUGAAAAAGGAACCCAUAAAGUUGGCGUGUUACCGUGAAAAAGCCAAAGAGAGAGCACGAAAAUAUCGCGAGAGGCUAAUGUCCGACAAUGAGGAACGCGUCUUGGAAAAACAUCGUAUUAACCACAGAAGACAGAAAAAUGAAACCCAAAUAGAAAAAAACUGCGAGCCCUAUGCAUGCAAACAGACAUUAGGAAAAGCGCUGGCAAAGGUAGAAAGAGCCAUGCCAAAUGACUUGGAUAAAAAACUAAAAGUGAUCAACAUUUUGUAUGAGAAAUAUGGAAAUUCUACAAACUAAUUUAAUAUUAAUUUUUUUACAUUCAUAAGUAUUAUGAAAUUAAUAUAAGUAAAUUUAAUUAAAACCUACAAGUAUUACAAAUUCAAACUGGGCAAACGCAGAGAGAUCUUAAUAAUAAAAUGUUUGCUUAAAAAUAAAUCUACAUGAGAUUUGCUUUAGAAUUGCAUGAUAAGUUCAUAUAUAACUAAUGUCAUUGCAUCAGAGUUAUUUCUACAUUUUAUUGAAUUCCACCCAUUUUUCACGCAUAUAAAUGAUUUUGUUUGAACAGACUUUAACUGGGUGAAGCGUUCCUUUCCGAUGGAAUUCGUUUACUUGUAUCUCUACCAAUUUCCUCAAGUUUUUGGUUUUAAGACGUAGCUUAAAUAAAUAUAUGCAUGUCCUGGACAAU